AUGGCGGCGGGCGAGAGUCGGCGUGACAGGCGGGUGGUGGUUCCUGCCGUCGGCGACCUGCAACCUUUCUGCGAAGACGCUAGUGGUGUUGCUAGUGGCGGCAGCGGGGUGGUUACUGUGACUGGAUGUAAGUUCCGGAUGGUAGAGACUAAGCAAGGUGAGGCGGUGGCAAGGCGAAGCUGCGGUGGACGGAUGGCUCAGGCUAAAAGGCGGAAUGGUGGUGGAAGGCAGAGGAGAGAUAUCGGUCUGUUAAGCAAACCUCAGUUUCCCGCUCGAGUGCCGAGUCUGAGUAUCGUGCUCUUGCUGACUCCACCGCAGAGCUAUUAUGCUUGCGUCUCCUACGAGUCCGCCGUGGAGGCGGCGGAGGAGGGCAUGGGCUGGCUGCUCAUGGCGGCGCCGCUCAGAUCAGAUAGCUGA